AUGGCGAGGUCUGUUGAAGUGAAGAAAAAUAGUGAAGACGAUACGACCAUGGACGGCGACAGUGACGAGGAGCUAGGUUGUAUGGGGAGGCUCGUGGUCUGGUUGCGGAUCAAUCCCAACUUGGUCAUGUUAAAAGUGACUCUGUUUGUUAUGUAUGGGGCUACCGCAUCUCUCUUGCCAUAUUUGACUAUACACAUGCAGAGUAUAGGACUAACAGUGCCUGAAAUCUCUUUCGUGUAUUUAGCGUUACCUUUCACAACGUUUUUAAGUCCUCCGAUAACUGGGUUCCUGGUGGACCGCUUUGGAGAGUAUAAGCCGGUUGUGAUCACUGCAUUAAUACUAAAUGCCGCAUUUCAUCACUCCUUGCUCCUAAUUCCUCAUCAAGAGACGCCAGGAAUGAUGCCAUCAGCCUACGUCAUGCGGCACCCCAUCACGAACAGUGUAGAGAUUUGGUGGAGUCCAUGUCCAAGCAGAGAAUGUCCAGAUGAAGACGAAACAGUAGACUUUGUUCUGGAUCGCUGUGUUGAUCACUGUCAACUGUAUAGACCAGCUACAGAGAGCCCCGCCAGUGAUCCAUCUGAUGAUAAAGAUGACUUGGACUUUCAUAUUAGUCAUAAGAUUCGGCCACCUAAUUUAUCGAAUGCUAGCGGUUUCCUAAACAUAACUGACGAUGAAGACUACAAUGAUGCUGCUUAUUUUUUAAUUGAAGUUCACGACGAUUUAGAAGAACCUAAAGAACAACUUGGGAUAGAAAUGGAAAGAGACGAAGACGACCGAAUUACAGACUUCAGAUCAAGAUUUGGUGAAAAACUUUUGAUAGCACAAGGCGUGAAUAUAACAGCAUUAGACAAAGAUGACCUGAGAUGUGGUGGACUUGUGAUGUUACAUAACAUGACAAAGCUCUCCAAGCAACGACUUGAAAUUUUAUCUGCCGAUUGCAUGGUGCAAAAAUGUGACUUCAGGAGAGGCGGCCCUGAUACUUGCCCACCGGAUUAUAAGGAGAGCGAUGAUAAAACAUUUUACAUUUACUUUUUCUUGAGAUUCAUGGGAACUAUAAUGUUGUCUGCUGGUGUCACUAUCAUGGAUCCUAUAGCUCUAACUAUGAUUCAAAAAUACGGUGGUGAUUUUGGAAGAGAGAGGCUUUUUUCUAGUAUUGGAAUGGCUAUAUUUUCACCUAUCACGGGCAUACUUAUAGAUAUGAGGAGUAAACAAGUUGGUUACACCGAUUACUCAGCCGCCUUUUAUACUUACGACGUUCUGCUUCUGAUAUCAGCUGUAACCGUUGCCGUCAUGCCACUAGGAGCCAAACUACCUGCUGACAACCUGCUUCGAGACUUAGUUAACAUUAUCAAAAUGCCACACAUUAUAAUAUUCAUAUUCUUUCUCUUUGCCUUAGGAAACUUUUGGGGAUUUAUCGAAUCUUAUCUAUUUAUAUAUUUGAAGGAAUUAGGAGCUCCUAAUUUCUUGUUAGGUAUUACCGUGACCGUGGGCACAUUGAGUAGCAUCCCGUUCCUCUACGGCGCGGACGCCAUCACCGCGCGCAUCGGCCACGUGAAUGUCAUCAUUGUCGCGUUCUUCUCCCACGCCGCCAGGCUCGUAGGAUACUCGUUUAUCGAGAAUUCCUGGUGGUGUUUCCCAUUUGAAGCUAUGGAGUCUCUAUCAGUGCAUCUGAUGUGGGUGGCAGCAGCGACAUACUGUGCGAUGUUGGCACCGAAAAGUCUUCUCGCCACGUUGAUCGGUGUGCUGGGCAUGGCACAUUUUAGUUUAGGCAGGGGCAGCGGUAGCUUCGGAGGUGGUCUCCUCAUUGCUUCUCUGGGAACAAGGGAGGCGUUCCGGUACAUGGGAUUGAUAGCAUUCCUCGGUGGAGUGUUAUACGGGCUGCUGCACUACUUCUGGUUGAAAAACAUCAAUAUGACGGGAAUGGAGGAUGCAUGUGAAGAUACUGAAAGCGGAGAAGGCGAUAAGCUGAAUGGAGAGCCAUUAAGAAAGGAUGCGGAGACCAUGAUAUCUCUGGAACGGCUGCAUAUGAUCACACGGUUCAACCCUCUUGGUUCCGUACAUUCAUUACCUAGAGGCUCUCGUUCAAGGUUCUCUCAAGGCGACAUUAAUGAACACUGCCGCAGCCGAAGCGGAAGCAACAGCCAACGUCGUGGCAGUAAUUACGAAGGUUCUGCCUCCAAAGUAGAUCUACUGCGUUCAGCGCUAGAAAUGACCCACCACCACUCUGCGAAAGGACACAUUUCGAAUCCAGUGCUUUCUAUAAGCAGACCUAGUAAUCAUUAUAAGCAAGCUUACAGCGCACCAAAACUAGGCUUCGUGGGAUUAGGACAGCGCAACAACAUAUCCCAACCGGUACUCUCAGAAUACGACCCAAGGCGUCGUGACUCUAUUCCUGAGGAAGCUGAAGAAGAUCGACUAGCGGCGCCCACUAAACCACCAACGAAAACCAAAAGCGACGACCUCCCACCACCACCAACCUAUGAUGAAGCAACUGGAGAACCCAGAAAAAGUUGGCACUCUGACGAUAGCACCCCUACUUAA